UUAAUUUUACCCUCGGGAAAACAUUUGGCCAGGUGUCCUUUGCUUGUUUUACAUUGCAAGAGAUAAUGGGUUGCUUUUGCCUUUGUAAUUACAAGUCCCUCUCAUUCAUUGUUCCGAACAACAACGGCUAGGCUUUGACUUGCAAGUUCCUCUGGUUCUUUGUUCCCAACAACGGGUAUUUGUUUGGAGUCCUGUAAACGUUUUUCCUUGCUCUGCAUCUUCUAAUAUCAUGUAAGUUUCUUUCCAUCUGUCUGCGUUCUCUUUACCUGUAUACAAUUCUUUCUUUUUGGUUUUGCAUGAAAGUUAAUCUUGUUUGCUUCUUAUUCAUUCAACUACAUUGUGCUGUAUUUUACUUGCAUAAAAUCUGUUGAUUUUUCUCCCCUGUUUUAUUGGCAUGAAAAUUAUUUUUCUUUUGUCCUCGUUACUUGAACUAUAGUAUAUAAGUAUCACUGAAAAUGGGUCGAAGGAGAAAAUAUGCUACGCUUGAGGAACUUUACAGUGAAAAAAAUCGUCGUCGUUGUGAACGAUAUGCUGCAACUAAGAAACAAAAGGCGAAUGGUCCAUUUAAUACAACUUGCACUAUUGCUGUUAAAGCAUUGCGAAUGAUGGAUAAUUUAGCCGAGACGAGUACUUCCUCUAUGAAGCGUAUGUGUAUCGAUAAACAUAAUGAUGGCACCUCUUUUACGAAUAUGAGUACAGUCGAGACGAGUGCUUCCUCUAUGAAGCGUAUGCGUGUCGAUAAACAUAAUGAUGGCACUUCUUUUACGAAUAUGAGCACAGAUGAUACAAUUGAGAAUCCAUUGUCCUCUUCACCUCUUAUGAAUAAAUAUGGUUCUCUUGGUUCUCCAACUAUUCAAAGCGAUGAAGCGUUGACUCCUGUUAAUAUCCAUGGAAAAAGCAUUGCUAAUGUUAACAGCAUUCCAAUAGUGCCAAAGGACAAUACAAGUGAUUGUAAUACAUUAUCGACUAAAAAGGCUGCUCCAUCGCCUAAGACUUCCAGUUCAAUCAAUAGUUCUUCAUCUAAGAAUAAUGAUGUGAAGUCUCAUUCGAUGGUCAACAACGAAGAAAGUACGCGACACCUGAGGACGCUCAAAGGGAACGAAAUCGUCGUCGUCGUGAACGUUAUGCUAUAGCGAAGAAAACAAAGCAAAAAUCCUCAGUUGAUAAUAUUUUUACUUUUCCUUUGAUCACACCUGAACUACAAAAAGACAUUAGAACUAAUGCAAAAUUUGAAACAACAAUCACAUGCCUUUCAAUGAUGAAUCAGUAUCUCAUGUCCGCAGUUGUUUCCAAGGUACACUUA